UUCUCUUGGGUUGAUCGCCUCGCUGCCUAUAGAGUUCUUGUAUACUCUUACCAUCUCCACUCCAUCCUGCGGCCUAGGGUUUAUGGGAAGCCCGGGUGAAACGUCGAAGGAUGGCGCUCCCCUCCCCGCUCCUCUCCCUCCUCCCCCACAAACCCCUCUCCGAGAUCAAAUUUUUCGUCGAAAGUAUCACAUUUCCACCAUCAAAACCCGAACUUCACGGCCGAAACCCUAGAAUCAUCAAUCCUUCGGCCGCCGCAGCAUGAGCAGACGCGCGGCGGCGAUCGUUCUUUCCCAAUCGCCGGCCACCUUCGCUUCCCUCCGAGCCAAUCACUGCUUGCCGCCAAUGCAAUCGGGGAUUUCCCGCCUCCAUUCGUUCAAAAAACCGGGUAUUUCUUUCUUCAGCAGCGGCAGUAGCUGUUCUUCCCCUGAUGACGAUUUGAAUGGUUUGGUCGACCCCGAGUUCUCCCCCCCAUGGAACGGAGCGUGCCGGGAUCGAGAGGAUUGCCGGGGGGCCUCGGUGUCGCCGAAAGACUUUGCCUUUUUACAAGAGGCAAUCGCAGAACGUGAUGCUCUCCCUGGAAAGACUCUCGAUUCGGGUAAGUUCUCUGAGGAGGCCAUUUUGAUUGCCAAGGCAGUUAGAGCAAGUGGAGGAGUCUUCAAUGACAAAACUGAGAAGUUUUUGAGGCAAUUCAGAGGGAAGUUGGAUGAAUCGCUGGUGAUCGAGGUGCUAAGACUUGUCAAAGUUCCUGAAUUCGGUGUCAAGUUCUUCAUCUGGGCUGGUCGGCAGAUUGGAUAUAGCCACACAGGUCCGACAUAUGAUGUACUAAUAGAAAUUUUAGGUUUUGAUAAGAAGACUAGAGUCCCUCAACAUUUCCUCAAGGAAAUUGGAGGGGAUGAUAGAGAAGUGCUUGGUAGAAUGCUUAACACAUUGGUUCGGAAGUGUUGCCGCAACGGAUUUUGGAAUGAGGCACUGGAGGAGCUUGGGAGGCUCAAGGACUUUGGUUACAGACCAUCAAAAGUGACUUAUAAUGCUUUGAUUCAGGUUCUUCUGAGUGCUGACCGAUUAGAUUCAGCUUUUUUAGUUCAUAGGGAGAUGUCAGAUUCGGGCUUUUCUGUGGACCGUUUCACUAUGGGUUGCUUUGCGCAUUCGUUAUGCAAAGCCGGGAGGUGGGUGGAAGCUCUCAAUAUCAUAGUCAAGGAAGAUUUCACGCUCGACACUGUUUUAUGCACUCAAAUGAUAAGUGGGUUGUUGGAAGCUUCUCUUUUCGAAGAAGCCAUGUCUUUUCUUCAUAGGAUGCGCUCCAACUCUUGCAUCCCAAAUGUUGUGACGUAUAGGACACUGCUUUCAGGCUUUCUGAGGAAGAAGCAACUUGGCUGGUGUAAGAGAAUUAUUAAUAUGAUGAUUACAGAGGGUUGCAAUCCCAAUCCAUCAUUGUUUAAUUCGCUUGUUCAUGCAUAUUGCAACUCAGGGGAUUACACUUAUGCGUAUAAGCUGCUAAAAAAGAUGAGUGCUUGUGGUUGCCGACCGGGUUAUGUGACAUAUAAUAUCUUUAUUGGAGGGAUUUGUGGGAAUGAGGAACUACCGAGUUCUGAGCUGAUGGACUUGGCAGAAAAAGCUUAUGAGGAAAUGCUGGAUGCUGGAUUCGUACUUAACAAGAUAAAUGUCAGUAACUUUGCACGGUGCCUUUGUGGCAUGGAAAAAUUUGAAAAGGCUUUUAGGGUUAUAAAGGAGGUGAUGAAGAGGGGUUUUGUACCUGAUACUAGCACAUAUUCAAAGGUGAUUGGUCUUCUUUGUCAGGCUCAUAAGGUGGAAAAGGCUUUUCUUUUGUUUCAGGAAAUGAAGAUGAAUGGUAUAGUUCCUGAUGUUUAUACAUAUACUAUUUUGAUUGACAGUUUCUGUAAGGUUGGUCUCAUUCAACAGGCUCAGAGUUGGUUUAAUGAAAUGAAGAGAGAUGGUUGCACUCCAAAUGUGGUGACUUAUACUGCCCUUAUACAUGCUUAUCUGAAAGCUAAGCGACUCUCUGAGGCAAAUGAGCUUUUCGAGAGUAUGAUUAGCAUGGGAUGUCAUCCAAAUGUUGUCACGUACACUGCUUUAAUUGAUGGAUUUUGCAAGGCCGGCGAGAUUGAUAAGGCUUGUCAUAUUUAUUCUAAAAUGAGAGGUAAUUAUGAGGAUCCAGAUACCAAGACAUCCUCUGAAGGUGAUGGUGCUGAUGUCGCAGAGCCAAAUGUUAUUACGUACGGUGCAUUGGUCGAUGGCUUGUGCAAGGCUCAUAAAGUAGCUGAGGCUCAUGAUUUACUGGAUGCAAUGUCUUCUGCUGGUUGUGAGCCAAAUCACGUUGUCUAUGAUGCUCUCAUCGAUGGCUUUUGCAAGGCUGGGAGACUUGAUGUAGCACAAGAGAUAUUUGUAAGAAUGUCUGAGCAUGGUUUUACUCCCAACGUGUACACAUACAGCUCCUUGAUUGACAGGUUGUUUAAGGAUAGAAGACUUGAUCUUGCGUUGAAGGUUCUUUCAAAAAUGCUAGAGAACUCUUGUGCUCCAAAUGUCGUCACUUAUACUGAGAUGAUUGAUGGGCUCUGUAAAGCUGGUAAAACCGAAGAGGCUCAUAAGCUUCUGACAAUGAUGGAAGAGAAAGGUUGUAGUCCGAAUGUCAUCACGUAUACUGCCUUAAUAGAUGGAUUUGGUAAAGCAGCUAAAGUUGAAAUGUGCCUAAAACUUUUUAGUCAAAUGAGCAAAAAGGGCUGUUCUCCAAAUUUCAUUACAUAUAGAGUAUUGAUAAACCAUUGUUGUGCUGCUGGCCUUUUAGACAAGGCCCAUGAACUUCUAGAGGAGAUGAAACAGACCUACUGGCCAAGAUAUACAGCAGAUUAUUCCAAUAUGAUUCAAGGAUUCAGCAGGAAGUUUGUCAUCUCACUUGGUCUUUUAGAAGAAGUGGCAGAAUAUAGUUCAGUGCCAAUUGCUCCUGCUUACAGCAUACUCAUUGAGAGUUACUGUAGAGCUGGUAGGCUAGAGACAGCCCUUGAAUUGCACAAGGAGAUCAUAGGCAUGUCAUCAUGUUCAUCUAUUGGCAACCAGAAUAUGUAUUAUUCUUUAAUUGAGGCCCUUUGUUUAGCAUCUAAGGUUGAGAAAGCCUUUGAACUAUAUAGUGAGAUGACAAGGAGAGGUCAUGUUCCAGAACUAACUGUUCUGUUUUGCCUCAUCAAAGGACUCCUCAGAGUGAAUAAGUGGAAUGAAGCUCUUCAACUUUGUUAUUGCAUAUACCACCAUGGGUAUACACUGGCAGAGUCGGGAGGGCUUUGACAGGAGCUAGUGAUCAAGCACUUCAAUCUUCUACUAGCAUCAGUUCAUUGAGAAGGUAGUGCUUGGACUGAUAAUUGAGAAUACACCAGCUAAGAGCUUCUAGUGUUUAUGACAUACCAAAAGGGACCCAUGGAGAUGACUGCUACGUUUCUGUAAAAUGACUCUGCUUGUGUUGUUUGAAGAAACACAGUUGUUGUACUCAAUAAGCAGUGGUAACUGAUUGAGCAUGCUAAUCUGGAUAUGAUUCUUGGAUAAUCUCCGCCAGUAGUUUGUGAAGCGACCUUUAGUUGUCAUGGGCUGUAAUCUGGGCUUCUUUGGGUUAUCUGAGAUUCUGGUGCAGGCAUGUCACAAAAUGCAUCGCUGGGGUAGUUUUUGCUGCAGCCCCUACCAAGAUUCACACUCUCUAACAAAUUAUUCCCAACAUUAGGGUUUUUUCACAUAUUUGUGAUUCUUUUAGAUCCAACAGGGAAGGAAUAUUGAUGGAGCUAGCCAAGGUGUCCAUCUCAGUAAAUAAUUAAGUCAAGCUUGAAUUUUGUUGCAAGAAGUCUGAACUCUGGACCUCUCAUGUCUUUUGCAUCCUUUGUUCAAUAAUUAUUAACAGGGAGGUGCAUAUCUAUGUAGCCCAAGGAAAGAAGUCACAACACCAUCUGAAAAAUGUUCAGGUUCCAUAUCUUUUGUUUCAGAUCUCUAUUUACCAUCUUAACCAGAUUAGUUAUUGAGGUAACCAGAUUAAUAAAUUAUGUUCUGUCUCAAAGAUCUGGAAUGUAGGUUCAGGUUUGUUCUGAGUGGAGUAUUUGCCUCACUACUUCAACAGGUGGCUCAAGGUUCCAUCCAAUUUUUCCAGGAGCACUAUGUAUCUAGUUUUUUUGGCAAUAAUGGUGGUAAACAUGCACUCAUGUGCCACCCUCUUCUAUUCUUUGUCAAAGGGUCUCAUAUCUCGGCCAAGAUAUCAAUUUAUAUUGUACAGGGAUGUCAUAUAAUUAAUAUGCUGAGCUUUAGGUGCAACAUCUUGUAAAACAAAUGAUUUAUCCUUAUUUUUCUAGGAUAUUAUGCUUGGUGCA